GCAUACUCUCUCACACACAAAUGAACUAGGAAGGAAAGGAAGUCUGAAAGAGAAUAAGUACUUCAAUGAAAUUUACCUAACUCAAAAAAGAAGAUUCCACCCACUUAGACAAAUUACCCACAUACUUGUCAUCCUCUCUCUUACUUUCUUCCUAUAUACUCACGCGCGCGCACACACACACACACACAAAACAAAAAAAAAAAAAAAAAAAAAAAAAGGUGACCAGCAAGGAUGAGGCGGAAGCUUUUGAAUCGUCUUCUCCUCUGGAAUGAGUGAUAACGAGAGUCAUCACCUCUUUGAGUCUUCCUAAGCAAACAAGAAAGCACUCACCUAGUUCUAUGUUCUAGUUUGUGGCUAAUGGGAGGAUACUCUUUUAACCCUAGUUCCAGCGGUAAACACUCCUCUCAAAGUCAGACUCGUUGUACCAGUAAUAACCACUAACCAUAGUACUGGACGCAAUCGUCUUUUAUAUAAGGGAGGUUUAUGUUUCUGGAUUUUUGGGGCUUGUUUCCUAUCUCCAGUUACACAUCUUCUCUAAUUAGAUCUAUGCCUCGGAUAAGUGUGGUUGUCGACGGUCCUAGAUCAUCAUGAAUUUCUUCUCAGGUGGACGUGGGUUCAACGAUCAAGGCUCCUCAAAAAGCACACACCCAUUUUCUCAUUCGUCUUCACCAUCCACUUCUUCUUCUUCUUCCAGCCAGAAGAUUCUAGUUCCUUUCUCCUAUCAAAGAAGUUGGUUAAGCAGCAGCAGGACCACUAAUAAUGGUGAAGAUCUCGUAAUGAUGGAUACUCCCCCUAGCGCAGAUGAGGCCGCUGAAAAUCAUAACCAUCCUCAUCAGCUUGAUCUGGGAGUUGGCGCAAGUAGCACUGCUAAUAUUGAGAGAGAGCACAUGUUCGAUAAGGUAGUCACUCCCAGUGACGUGGGCAAGCUCAACCGGUUAGUCAUCCCCAAACAGCACGCUGAGAAGUAUUUUCCUCUGGAUUCCUCGACCAACGAGAAAGGGCUCCUUCUGAAUUUUGAAGAUAGGAAUGGGAAGCCUUGGCGGUUCAGAUAUUCGUACUGGAAUAGCAGCCAAAGCUAUGUAAUGACCAAAGGUUGGAGCCGGUUCGUGAAGGAGAAGAAGCUGGAUGCUGGGGAUAUAGUCUCAUUUCAGCGUGGAGUGGGUGAAUUGGGCAAGGAUCGUCUCUUCAUCGACUGGAGGCGCCGUCCAGACGCCCCCGACCACUUCACCACUCAUUUCUCUAAUACUAGUAGUAUCUACCGCUCCAAUAAUAUGCAGUACCCAGCUGCUGCUGCUUGGAAUCAUCCGCUCUUUCUGCAGCUGCCGCUAGGCCAUUCACAUUUACAUUCCCGUCUGAUGCUGGAACCUGCAGCUGCAGGCAGCAUGUCUCAUCAUCAGCAGCAAUCUUCUUAUCCUCCUCCAAGAUACAGCGCUUAUGGAAACACUACUCCUAAUUAUUACUACGACAGUACUUGUAAUUUCAACAACAGUACAACCGUAGUAAAUGGAAACCCUUGUCCGAGCGCGUCAGUAGUUUAUCUCAGAUCGGGCUUAGCACAACAGCAAAGAGGUACUAGUAGUAGUACUAGUGUUGGAGGGAUUGUGGAGCCAGUGGUGUUCGACUCCGUACCGAUUGUCCAAGGCAAGGCAGCAGCAAAGCGACUCAGGCUGUUCGGCGUCAAUAUGGACUGUCCCAUCUCAGACUCGGAUGAUUCAUGUGAAAUGUCCUCAUCCUCCUCCUUGCCGGCUACACCAACUUAUUCUCAUCUUCCCCAAUUUUUACCCUCAAUUCCAAGGACUUUUAACAACUACGAUGUCAUCCCCGCAGCCACCCAAGAAGAAUCCAAGGCAUCCAUGUCCUUGGAUUUGGAUUUGGAUAUUUGAUAAUUUCUAAAAGGCACUCCCCAAGUGUAAAUUCAAGAGAAUUAGCUGCAAGGGCUUCAUCAUGAUCUGCCAUAUAUGGCAAGGGCCAUCAAGAAAACCCUCCGAGUCCUGAGAAAAUGCCAUUGCAAACUCACCACACAGAGGGUAAAAAAUGAACAAAUGUCCAAGUUGAAUUUGUGUAUAAUAAUACUCUAAUAGAGAUUAUGAUAUACUUUGCAAAUACUAAAAUAUAACACUAGUUCCUUUUAUGCUGGUUAUUUUAUGUUUCAAUUUCCAACUGCUACCCUCAAAGUGUAGUACUCAUGCAUCAGUUUUUUCAAUUUUAGUGAUUAAAAAUAAGAGAAAAAGCGCCUUAUUAGCUUA